AUGACUUCAUUACCAUCAAUUCCCAUUUCCAUGGUAGACGGACUUCCUAAUCUUGCUUCAGAUACCUAUCCAAUCACCUGUAUGAUUUGGAAUGUUCAAGGUGCAGGGAGCCCUGCAUUUAUUUCUUCUCACAAAGAGCUUGUUCGAGAGCACAAACUCCUUGUUCUGACUUUAGUUGAGACCCACAUGGGGGGCUGUCAAGCGAUAAAAAUUGCUACCAUACUGGGAUAUUCUGGCCACACCCGAGUUGAUGCACAAGGGUUUAGUGGCAGGAUCUGGGUAUAUUGGAAAAGCGAGCAUAAUCAGUACAUUACAAUGGACAUACAACGUGUGGGGGACCAACCUUGGUACUUCACUCCCGUCUAUGCGAGCCCUGACCCAACCAAACAUACUGAUUUAUGGAGAGAACUUGAAAAAUUUGCAUCCACCAACAACAAACCAUGGCUCAUCGCAGGGGAUUUCAAUGAUACAAGAUUCACUUGGGAACGUUGUAGUUCCUGUUCGGAAACCUCAAGAGGUGCUGCUAGGUUUAACAACUGGGUCGAGGAUAUGCAAUUGCUUGAGGUACAAUUUGCAGGUGCAUUCCACACAUGGGCUAGAGGACUUACCCUAGAAACUCGUCAUAGUCCCCUCCUGGACCGAGCCUUAUGCACUAGUGAUUGGGGGCUGCGCUUCAACAAUGCAAGGGUGAAGCAUUGA